AGCUCUGCCCAUGCGGGUGGAAGCUGGAGCAAAGUGGCGGAGAGACGCCGCCAGCUUGGAAAUAAAUAAAUUAUAUUUUAAAAACUUAUUUUUUAUAGUGGCUCAUCCACUGCUCUUCUCGUUGAGAGUGGUUUUCCUUCUUUCACAGAAUCGUGUCACAACAUCCUGCACAGCUGUCUUUUUCACUAAGUCAGCACUGAGGUGUGAUGCACCCCCUCCGAAACUCUUCAGUCUGAGAGUCAAACACCAGCCAAGCAGCAUGGAGAUCAUAGCUCUGUGCACCAUUGUCGCCACUCUGAGAAUCUUUCCAAACAGAUCUCAGUUCUUCAAGUACGAGUCUGUUACACUGAGCUGUGGAGAGCUUAAAAACUCUAACUGGACAAUAAAGAGAAACACAUCAACAAAAACAAAUGAAGAGUGUUCAAAACACUGGGGCACAAAAAAUGAAUCAAACUGCUUCCUUCAAGAUGCUUACCCAUCAGACAGUGGAUUGUACUGGUGUGACUCUGGAGCUGGAGCCUGCAGUGAAGCUGUCAACAUCACUGUGACCAGAGGCUCUGUGAUCCUGGAGAGUCCGGUCCAUCCUCUGCAGGAGGGCGAUGCUGCAACUCUGCGCUGCAUGGUUAAACAGACUUCUUUUAUCAACCUCCCAGCUGAAUUUUAUAAAGAUGGCCUCCUCAUCAGGAACAGCUCUACAGGAAACAUUACCAUCCUCAAAGUUUCAAAGUCUGAUGAAGGCUUCUACAAGUGUACCAUCUCUGGUAGCGGAGAAUCACUGGACAGCUGGCUGUCUGUCAAAGCUGGGCGACCCAAAUCUUUUCACUCCCCUCCUAUGUAUGUUUUGCUUCCUGUGGUGGGUGUCUGCCUCUUCGUGACUGUGGUGUUGGUUGUGCUGGUGCUGCUGUUCUGCCUCUGGAGGAACCACAAAGGUCAGUCUGUUUUUGAAGUAUAUCUGUUACCUGUAUCUGUACCACAGUUUUGCAAUUACUAACAUUUUCUUUAGUUACUGUAAACACACAGUACAGUUUAUAUUAUCUCAAUUUCUCAUACAUCAUCCUGCCGCUAAAAUCCAAAAGUGCACUGCUGGUUAGAGUGCCAUAAGAGUCUAAUAAAUUAAGGUACUUUACUCUAUGAAACUAUACAUGUAUUAUAACUUUUAAAGAUUUGCAUCUUCAUGCUCAAGAAAACAAACUAAUGAGACUAACUGAUAGAUUUCAGCGUAGCGGUUCGGAGCCAGUUUGUCCAGUGCUUCUUUUGGCUGUCACCACAGCAGAACCGCAUACUUGAUUUGGCUUUUUCUUCCCUGGGUAACAUUUCUGGGAGUGUUGUGUCACAUCAGUCAGCACCAUGCAGUCUCAAAGAGUCAGAUCACACAAAUUUCCAAAAGAAAAUCGUAUGGCAUAUUUAUCUCAUAC